UCCGCCUCGGCCUGUUGACCCGUCGGCUCUACCGUGGCUCCUAGCUCCCUUCUCUCCGCCACGGCCCGGCAGUCCACAAGCUCCGCCUGGCUCCCUCGUCCCUCUGGCUCCGCCUUGGUCUGGUGUCGACCAUCCUACGCCUUGGGACUCCACUCCUCUGGCUUCACCUCUUUCACUCUGGCUCCACCACGGCCUUCUGGAUCCACAUCUCCGCGUCAGUCGCCAGAGCCAUCUGUUCCGCCUUGGACCUCGGGAUCCUCCCCGUCACCCUGGCUCUUUGGCUCUCCGCCUCAGGCUCCUCCUUGGGCCGUUAUGGCUGUAGCUUGGGUCCAGCUUGACUCCUCCGGCUCCAGAUCCCUCCUGGCUCCUCCCUGACUCCUCCCUCUGUCAUCUCCUCCCUGGCUCCUCCCUCCGUGGUCCCUGUCUGCUGGCCUCCUCCUGGAAGUCCAUCCUCCACCGGAACCUCCCAAGUUCCCACCCAUGCCUCCCUCUGUUGUGCCACUGCGCGAGGACACACCUACCGGGAGGGGGGAGUAAUGUCACACCCCUGGACUCUUGUGUGGUUUUGUCCUGUUGACCCAGUUUCUGUCUCCCGUGUUUGGUUGAUUAGUUCCCAGGUGUGUCUAGUUUUCUUCCCCAUGUGUUCCCUGUCCCUGUUAACUUAGUGAUUCCUUGCACCUGUCUGCCCUUCGUUAUCCUUUCUUUAUAAGCCUUGUCCUUUCAGUCUGUGUUUGUCGGGUCUACAAGUUACAUACGUGUGUCUUCCUCCUGUUUCCAUGUUGGAUUUACCCCUGUGUUGGAUUAAUAAAUACUCUCUCUCAAUAAUCCUCGGCUCCGUGUUCCUUCCGGGCAGCGUAACAAAAUAUAUAUAUGUAUAUGCCAAACCUAUCUCCAUUUUAGGGUUUUUUUUUGUACAACCUCAAAUUUCUUUUAGUUAGAUCUUUGAGUGAAGAAAAGCAGGUCAUUUUCGAAACACAAUAAACUGUCAUUUGUUGGUUGUACAUUUAGACCACAGGCUGCUUUUUGAUUUUUUUGAUUUUUUUAUUCUUAUUUAGAAAUCAUUUUCUAUUGUAGAAUCGCAACAUAAAUUGCAAAUAUAUUAUUGUAGUAUAUAACUCUUUUUUUUCUGGAUGGAGACAAAUCAGUUGAUCUCCCAGCUGUAUGUUCUUUCCCCUUGAUGCUGCCGGUCUUGGAAAAAGUCAACAUGUCAAGUGUAUAAAAGCAGCAUGGGUUGUAGCAUGUCUUUAUUGUGGAAUCUCCAGGAGUGAAUGCAGACUGUGUUUCAGAUUAUGAGCAAUUCAGAGCUGUUGAAAAUACAAACUGCACAUUUGAAUCCAUGAAUCCUUAUCACAUGGAACGAUACUCUGUUUGGAUAUUUCAUCCAAAUACUGAAGAAUGCAUUUAUCAGCAGUGAACCAAAGCGAUGUCUGUCAGGAAUAUUCAUGUCCAGGGAGAUCUGUUUCUUUAUCUGUCUAUGUGGUUCUGUAUGUGGCCACAGCAGCUGUGUCUCUGCUGACCGUGUGUGGAAACCUGCUUGUCAUCAUCUCUGUUAGUCACUUCAAGCAGCUCCACACACCUGCGAACAUCCUCAUCCUCUCUUUGGCCGUGUCCGAUCUCCUUACUGGAGUUGCUGUGAUGCCAUUUCAUUUGAUUUUGUUGAUUGAGUCAUGUUGGACUUCUGGACCAGUGAUGUGUUCGGUUUUCAAUUUUGUGACUUUUCAAGCAACAAGCGUGUCUGUUCACACUGUGGCUCUCAUAGCCGUUGAUCGCUUUUUGGCUUUAAGUUCUCCUUUUUUUUACUCACAGAAAAUCUCACCCACUGUGAUCUGCAUAGUUACUUUAUUUAACUGGCUGUUUUCACUUAUUUAUAACUUCAUUCUUCUGUUUGUUAAUGGAAACUUCACUGAUGUCACGUGUCCAGGAAAAUGUGUUUAUGUUAUAGAUGGAGUUUCAUCUCUCAUUGAUCUUCUAAUUGUGCUUCUUAUGCCAUGUACACUUAUUAUAAUAUUAUACACUCAUGUUUUUGUCAUCGCUAAGAGACAUGCGACUGCUAUAAGAGCCCUUCAGGUUCACAACAGCACAGGAUCCUCCAAAAACAGAGUCAGUGACAAAUCAGAGCGAAAAGCUGCCAUACUGCUGGGGAUUCUGGUCAUUGUGUUUCUUCUGUGUUUACUGCCGUAUUAUAUUUGUUCUUUAUUGAUUCCAUACAGUAAUGCUGACUUGUUUUAUGUCAGAGAUGUUGCUGUAAUAUUUUUCUUCCUGAACUCCACCAUUAAUCCCAUCAUUUAUGCUUUAUUCUAUCCCUGGUUUCAGAAAAGCUUAAAAUUAAUUUUCACAUUUAAAGUGUUUAAUAAAGACUCAUCCCUGAUGAAUGUGCUGUAAGUCAUUGAAUGUAAUUCAGAAUGUUUCCCCUCUUUUUUUGUUGUUUAUUCUUCAGAUGUACAUUCAGCAUUUUUCAUCAUUUUGUCAUAUUAAACAUGACUGUAAAAAAUGGAUAGAGCCAAAAUAUUGUGGGGGUUGUUUUCUUUUGUCAUAUCAAGUACAAUUUACACAACCUUUAAAGUCUUGACUACAAAAUAGCUAUUGAAUAUUUUCACUAUAACUGUCCAGAUGCAAUUCAUAUACUGAGAUUGAGAUACAGCCCUUGUGACAAUUCCUCAGUGGGACAGCAAGUUUACACAGAAUUAAAUAUUUUAAAACUAUGAUCAAAUGGAAAACCUUAAUGGAUGAAGUCUUUUAUACUGCUAAUGUGAGCUGAAAUGAAAGCCACUGCCCCUGGAACACUUUUUUGACUAAGCUGGGACCCCCUGGAAUGGGAUUUUCAGAGUUAGAGUCAGAGUAGCUUUAUUGUCAUUCCAACUCUAUACAGUUAGUGUACAGUGAAAUGAGACAGCGUUUCUCCAGGACCAAGGUGCUACA